GUAGGCGAAAGGAGACGAUAGGUGUGACUUUGUGAAAAGUUAAACCGGAGCGUUAUCUCGUGUUCUUCGGCUUCUACUUCAACCCGGAGAGACUUAUCGUCUCAUAAUUUCCGAAACGGUUCUUUCACCAUACCGAUUUAUCGGCGAUAUCUGAGCCUCGAGAUUUCGGCAGUAAAGUGAGCCAUUCUCAUUCAUCGUUUCAUCUUUCACUUCAACUCCAUCGAUCUGUUUCUGUUCUCCGAUGCUUGGCCGGAUUCCGCUCCGACUCUGACAAUUUCGUCCGAUAUCUCGGAUUUAGUUUUGUUCCGGAGUUCGUUAGCCAUCGAGUAGACUGGUAGAGGAUGCUUUCUCUCAAUUCUUGGUCAUCAUCCACACUGGUUACACCAAUCUUUUGAUUUUUGAUUUUUUAAAAUAUCCCUCUUUAUUUGAUUAUUUUGGACAGGUCUGCUAUCUGUAAAUAGUUCAUCAGGUGGGGGGGCUCUUCAUCCCCAGCCCUUAGGCUGUUGGCAUUUUGUCCCCUUUUUUCUUCUAAUGAUUGAAUUUAUUCCUUUGUUCUAUAUCUAAAAAAAUUAACAUCAAUCAUAGUUGAUUCAUAUUAUUUCAAGAAUUCAAUAAACCACACUAGCUCAUUAGUAUGAUUAGACUUAUCUUUUAGUUAUUCAAUUUAGAACUAUUCCUUGCGUUUGAUUCAUCAAGAUAAGUCAGGUUAUAAACAUCCAGAGGUGGAGUUUGAGGAGCUUCUCACCGAUAUGAAGUUCAAAGAAAAGCAAGUGUGGGAGCCUGUUUGCACUGGCAGGCACAACAUGUUUCACUAAGAAGGUUUUAAAGUUCAUUGAGUUUCCUCCAAAUAAGAAGUUAGUCACAUUACAGUUAUGAGUAACUGAACAUCUUAAACAGGGAAUGGUACCUCCACGAGCUUCUGAUCCAGGUUGGGCUCAUGGAAUUAUGGUCAAUGGAGGCCGCCAGAAGAUUAAAUGCAAAUACUGUAAUAAAGUUAUGCUUGGGGGUGGCAUAUCCAGACUUAAGCAACAUCUAGCUGGGGAAAGGGGAAAUGUAGCUCCAUGUGAGGAAGUUCCAGAAGAAGUUAAGGUGCAGAUUCAACAACUUUUAGGUUUUAAAGUUUUGGAGAAGCUGAAACGGCAGAAGAACGGUAGCAAGAAUGCAGUAUCGUGCUUUCCAAGUAGGGAAGAAAUAAAUGAUGGGACACAUGGGGUUCAGAAUUCACGACGACACUCUUUGCGGAGAAAGGCAAAGGAGGUACGGGAAGGAGUUACUAAGGAAGCAAAGAGGAAAAAGAAACAUCUUCUUCCAACAACUUUUGUUACUCAAUCCGUUAACCAGAAUACUGCCCAGAUAGAAAGCAUAGAACAAGCUGAUAUGGCUGUUGCUAAAUUUGUAUACCAAGCGGGUAUACCAAUCACUGUUGUGAACUCACAAUAUUUCCAACAAAUGGCUGAUGCAAUUGCUGCUGUAGGCCCUGGUUAUAAGAUGCCUACUUAUUAUUCUUUGAUGGGCAAAUUGCUUGACAGAAGUGUCCAGGAUGUUGGAGAAUAUGUUGAAGAGUUGAGAAAAUCAUGGGAGGUUACUGGGUGCUCAGUCUUGGUUGAUAGGUGGGUGGAUAGAACUGGUUCUGUGGUCAUAAACUUUUUUGUCUAUUGUUCCAAGGGUACCAUGUUCCUUAAAUCUGUUGAUUCAUCUGAAAUUUCAGAAUCAGCUGAGGGCCUUCUAAAUUUAUUUGACACCAUUGUUCAAGAAGUUGGACCGAAGAAUAUAGUCAAUUUUGUGACAGAUUCUUCUUCCUUGUUUAAAGCUGCAGGUAUACUCUUGGUGGAAAAAUACAAGACCUUUUUCUCAAGUGUUUGUGCUGCACAUUGUGUGGAGUUGAUCCUCGAGGAAAUUGAGAAAACCGUAGAAGUAAAAGAGAUUGUUGGGAAAGCGAAAAGGAUAGUUCAGUUCAUAUACAACAAUGUCUGGGUCCUAAACCAAAUAAAGAAGAGAAGUGGUGGAAGAGAAAUUAUUCACCUUGCAUCUACAAGAUAUUUCUCCAUCUUCUUGACUCUGCAAAACAUUUUGUCCUUGAAAGACCAUCUUCAUCAGACAUUCACUAGUGAUGCUUGGAUGCAGUCAGAUUUGUCACAGUAUGGGGCUGGACUUGAGGUGACAAAGAUCACUGCUGAUCCACAAUUCUGGUCGAAGUGUGAUCAUAUUACAAUGGGAACAAAACCAUUACUUUCUGUGUUGCAAUUUCUUGAGUCAGAGGAGAAGCCAUCUGCUGGAUUUAUAUUUGAUGCAUUUGAAAAAAUGAAGAGUAGUGUCAUGCUUGCUUUCAACCAGAAGGAAUCUGUGUACUUGCCAUAUUUGAAAGCCAUUGACCAUGUUUUACUGAAGGAAUUUCAGAGCUCCCUUCAUGUGGCUGCAUGCUACCUAAACCCGUCGAUAUUCUAUAGUCCUACAUUCUUAUCCAGCAAAGUUAUUCAAAAGGGUUUACUGGAUUGUAUCGAAGCCUUAGAGCCAGAUAUAACAUCUCAGGUCAUGAUUACAAACAAUAUAAAUUUCUAUGAGGAAGCUGUUGGAGAUUUUGGGCGGCCAGUUGCAUUACAUGGUCGGGAUUCACUGGCCCCAGCUACUUGGUGGUCAUUGUAUGGAACUGAUUACCCAGAUUUACAACGGUUGGCUGUUAGGAUAUUGAGUCAGACUUGCAGCGUUGUACAAUGUCGUAAAAGAUGUAGCAUGUUCAAUUAUCUCUAUUUAAAGAAGAACUGGCUGGAAAAGCAGAAGAUGAAUGACCUUGCAUUUGCUCAUUAUAAUUUGCAGCUCCAGGAGAGGAGACCGGAGACUUGUAAAGCAAGGUGCUCAAUAGAUGCAGUAGAUCCUGUUCUUUUGGAAGCCAUUGAUGCGAACAUGGAAGAUUGGGUGGAUGUGAAGGUCACUAAUCAGGAGACCUUGGUCACUACUCAGGAGACCUUGGUGGAACAUAAACUGUCAAAUAGGGAUAGUUGUAUUGGCAGCACCGAUGAGAGAAGCACUGAGGAGACUAGAGAUACAGAUGUUGAAUGUGGUGCUGUAGGGACUCACAAACUCUACGUGAUAUAUUCAGCAAGGCGAAGAGCAUCAUCACCUCGUGAAUUUCUAAGGCUGGAAAAUCCACAGAGUAUCUCACGCAUGUCAAUUGUUCCAUCCCGAUUAUUGUCAAAGAGGUCAAAAAUGCGAGGUGCAAGAGGGAUAAGUGAAGACAUAUUCAUUGCUUUCAGCACCUCUUCAAAUUCAGGAAGAGUAGCAUUGUCGCCUUUUGCACAUCUGCAUAUUACAAGAUCACUUACAGCCAUUAUCAGUUGCUGCUUUUGGCGAUUGGAUUGAGCAAGAAAAGGUAAUUAUUGUACAAAAUAAAGGAAACUUCAUUACAUACCCAGAGAGAAGGAUAUACAAGAUCACACCCAGAGACCACAUGUCACUUUUGGAGGUAAUCGUUCCUUGGGAAAGAGCUUCUGGUGAGACAUAAUCAAUGGAACCAAACAAUCCAACAACUGGGUCAGUGAAUUCCUCCACGGAACUUAAUCCGAAGUCCAUGAUUUUCAAGGAAGAAUCCUGGCUUUCGUCGAGAAACAAACAGUUUUCAGGUUUCAAGUCCCUAUGUAUGAUAUUAGCCUCAUGAAGAGCCUUCAAACCACUGGCAAUCUGUCUCACAACUUCAGCUGCUUUUGCUUCCGUGUGCCUUGUUUGAGCCACAAUCCUAUCGAAAAGCUCGCCUCCAGAACAAAGCUCCAACACCAAGUGAACCCCAUUCGAAUCUUCAUACACGUCGUAAAGAUCAAUCACAUUUUCAUGAGGAACCAUGGAAGAAACGCUCUUGAGGGCAUUGCGGUUUGGUGGAAAUCCUGAGAAAGUUGAUGGCCCAAUCCUUCUUAGUGUUUUAAUGGCUACUUCUUUUUUCUCCCUCCUUGACUUACUAAUACCUUUUCUGACUACUGAGAAUCCUCCUCUCCCUAAAACAUCCAGUAUCUCAUACUCCUCAGAGAGUUUUCGAGCUUGCUGUAUCAUUGUUGUCGGAAAAUCGAUGAGGAAACUGCCCAGAAAGGGAGAAAGGAAAGGAAUCUGAGAAUAUUUUAUGGAAGAGAACAGUUUAGAAAGAAGACAAGAGGAGGUUGAAUGAUAUAAGAAGGGAAUUUGUGAAGAAACUUACAUCACCUUGUAAUUGAGCAGUUGUUGGGUUAGUUGUUUCUCGAAUUUGCAUUAAAAAAAUUGAGUAAUUUGAGGGAAUAAACAAAGGAGAAUAAGAGUUCAGCAAGUAAGACAUAGACAAAGUCAAUGUUUAAACACAUUGUAUGGAAGCUCUUUGUUCUCUCUC